AUGUACGUGCACCCAGGCGAAACAGCUUUAGCCUUUUACACUGCUAGAAACCCAACUGACCGACCUAUUGUUGGGAUUUCAAGCUAUAAUCUGACACCGUUCCAAGCUGCUUAUUAUUUUAAUAAAAUUCAGUGUUUUUGUUUUGAAGAGCAAAUACUGAACCCCGGAGAGCAGGUUGAUUUGCCUGUUUUCUUUUAUAUCGACCCUGACUAUGCUAAUGAUCCUGCUUUGGAAUACCUGGAUAAUAUUCUAUUGAGCUAUACAUUUUUCGAAGCGAAGUCAGAUCUCCAACUUCCUAGUCCAUUCGACCCCAACAAUCGUCCCAGUGUAAGUCAUUUGUAA